AUGAAUGGACAUAAAGGUGAAGCUACCUUUGCCUAUGUUGGAUGUACAAAGGAUGCUAGAAAAGAGCUGUGGAAUAGGUUGAUUCACAUCAACCAACUGGUGAACUCCCCAUGGGCUGGUCUCUUUGAUCUGGGUUUCAAGGGACCUAAUUUCACUUGGAAAAGGGGAUCUAUUUGGGAGAGGCUUGAUAGAAUGUUGGUUAAUGAUGCAUGGUUCAAUCACUUCCUCCUCACCUUUGUUACUCACCUUAGCCUUGUUGGCUCAGAUCAUAGACCUAUUCUUAUAAGCAUCACCUCAACUGAUAGUUAUAGCUCCCCCCUCCCCUUUAGAUAUCUCAACAUGUGGGUUGCACAUCCUUCAUAUAGUAAUUACAUUGCUGGCCUAUGGAAAGGGGUCUCUCACCUUGACCCCUUAGUUAAGCUAAGCUUACUGCAAAUUAAGACUGUUAAAGCCCUCAGAGGUUGGAGCUGGAACACUUUUGGAAAUGUUCAUGCCACAGUCCAGAAGGCUAAAGAUGAAGUAAAAGCUUUGGAGAAUGGGGGACACCUUGGUAUUGAGGAGGAGAAAAAGCUGCUGAUUGCUCAGAACAACCUCCUCAGUGCCAUUGACUACUAG